CUAGUGGAAUGGACUGAAUGAUCAAGCAUUGCAGUUAGAAAGCCAGGAGGAGCUUAAAGAAAAAAUGUUAAAGGGAUCAUAUUACUGCUCAGCAGGCUCCUUCAUAUUCUGGUGCAACAUUUGGUGCUGGCUGCUUUCAGGAACUGAGACCUGGAAUGUACCAUUUCCUACAGCAAAUUUCUGGGGCCCUUCUCUGAAUGGAAGAAUUUCACUGUCUGCCAGAAUUUAUAAAACCCGAACACACAGAGGAACCUUGCUACUGACUCCUCAUUCCCUAAACUGAUCAAAUAGAAGCUUGGGAUACAAAAUGGACACCAAUGUGGCUGGAAAGGAAAAGAUCGAGGUCAGAAUUUCAAAAUCUCUCUCAGAUGGUGAAGGAAGAGCUAUAGCUGCUCGGAAGAAAAAUGUGAAAAAAGCUCUUGCUAAGCUUGGGAUACAGUGUGAUUUGGAGAACAUCCCCAAUAUUGCUGUCCUGGGAGCAGGAGGAGCAGUGAGGGCUAUGAUUGCACUUUAUGGCACUCUAAUAGAGCUGAAGAAAUAUCACCUUUUGGAUUGUGUCAUGUACUUGGGUGGGGUAUCAGGUUCUACCUGGUGCUUACCAGCCCUAUACAAAAAUGAAGAUUGGAUAGAAGAAAUAGAGAAUUUGAGUAAACAUCAAUUUGAAAAUCUUGUCCAAGGCCAAUGGGAUUUUAAUAAAGCAAUGAAAGCUGUUCUAGAGGCUGCAGAAGAUGAAUGUUACUCUCUCACUGAUUUCUGGUCCUAUUUCCUUGUGCAUAAACUGCUAAAUAAGUUAGAUGAAGAUAAAUUGUCUGCACAUGGUGGAUCUUGUGAGACCGGAAAAAAGCCUUAUCCUAUCUAUGCAGCUGUGAACAAGCAAACUUAUCAGAACCAAAAUGCAGGUACCUGGUUUGAAUUUACCCCUCAUGAAGUUGGGAUUCCUGGACUAGGGGCAUAUGUACACAUCAAAUAUUUUGGGAGCAUAUUUCAGAAUGGGCAGCUAAUCAAAGAGAAAAAAGAGAAAAAUAUUUGCUUUUUGCAAGGCUUAUGGGGAAGUGCUCUUGGAGAUGAGCAAAACAUUUCAAAGACUAUAUCAGAUACUUUACAGAAUUUUAGAAAAUAUGAGAGAUCAGAGGACCUUACUUCAACAGAUUUAGACACAGACAGCACAAAAUUUAAUAUGCUCUAUGAAUGCUAUCAAACUCUUCUGGAGCUGCAAUCACUGGAAUCUACAGAUAAAAGAGGAGUAGAUAAACUUGAUCACCUAGAAAACAUCUUGAAAGAUCACAGUUCAAGCAAAAGCUAUGAAUUGGUCAGAAGGAUGCAUGAGACCUGGUAUUCUGCAGAUGAACAGAGAAAAAAGGAAGAGUAUAUGACAUUAUUCCAAACUUUGGAUGCCGAUUUUGGAGAUUUUAACAAUGCCUUCAGUCAGGUUUUCCUUAACAUGGUGAAUAAGACUUGUUUAUGCCUUUUGAAUUGGUCAUGGGGAAGCACCAAUAAUUUCCUGUACCACUGUUCUGAUGUCGAAUUUCCCGAUCUGACAAGCAAUCCCAUCAUAUCAUUGAUUGAUGCUGGUCUGGCCAUAAAUACAGCUUAUCCACCAAUUCUGCGCCCUGAGAGGCAGGUGAAGUUGAUCCUAUCUUUUGACUUCAGUGCUGGAGAUCCUUUUCUGACAAUUAAAAAAGCUGCUGAAUACUGUGAAGCACAUGGAAUUCCAUUUCCCAAAAUAGAUGAGAAUGAGUUACAAGAUGUAGAUACUCCAUCAGAUUGCUACAUCUUCAGAGGAGAACACACCCCGACUGUUAUGCAUUGUCCAUUAUUCAACAAAAUCAACUGUCCAGGUAAAAUUGCUGAAUACAGAGAACAAUUCUCUACUUUCAAGUUGAGUUAUUCUGAUGAAGAGAUUGAAAAGUUGGUCAGUGCAGCAAAGAAGAAUGUAGCAAAUGUUCAGCAAAAAAUUCUGGAGGAAAUCAAGCAUAUUGUGGGUUCUUCUUCAUAAAGAGCUUAAGCAAAUAUUUCCCAUUAUAAUAAUAGACUGAUAUAAGAAAGCUUGUUCUCCAACAGAAAGCACUGUUACUAAUCAUUAGUACCCAUGAAGGGUUAUGCAGUUUCCCUUCUUCCUCCAAAAAAGGUUUAAUUAAUAUCUGUUGAGUUGGGGGCCACACAAGAUCCAUGAUUGUUAUUAACUUUAUAAAAAAUUAAAUGUUUAAAUUAAUAAUAAUGAAAUGCUAAGUGAGUUCAGAAUACAUCCAGAGAAGAAGGAAAGAAUGGGAAAAAUUAGACAGCUAUCCAGUUCGGUAUAGCAGUUAAGGCAUCAGACUAGAUACGAGGAGAUUGGAGUUCUAGUCAUGCCUUAGGUAUGAAUCUAGCUAGUAAAGGUGUCCGACUCUAGGGGGCAGUGCUCAUCUCUGUUUCAAAGCCGAAGAGGUUUGAAGGGGUGGGGGCUAGGAGUAAAAAUGACUUGAAGAUACAACUUUUAUGCAUCUUUGUGACAUACUACUAUAUUUUCUAGUUUCUAUACUUUAAGAAUAUGUAACCAUUUUAACACGUUGCUAUUAACAUGUAUUUUCUAUUUACUCACAUUGAGGUGCACAAAUUUGUCCUUGGUCUGGGAAAAGAUGCACAAAACAACUUUUUCUGCACACAGAACAUUAGAAGAAACAUUGAUCUGAAGAACUUGUUUUCCCAGUUUCCCCUGAAUAUGAUGGAAAAUUUAUCUGAAACUAUUUGUUUAAGGAGCUACAGUAUGUUCUAGCACCAUAAUUCUAUCUUUGCAUAUAUAAAAUUCUCAUUUACUGUUUUUCCAUCAGCUUAUAUGUGCUAUGAAUACUGUUUUAAACAGUGUGCACCUUAUUUCUCUCAUGAUAAUGUGUAAGGUGUGUGGGAUCAAGAAAUCUGUUGUUAAGGAAUGCAGAGUAGCAGUGGCAGAAAAAUAAAGCCAAACCUAUAUUUAAUCCCUUCUCUCAAAUGUAUAACCUCAUGAUACCCUAUAGAGUACUUCAUUAGCCUGAUUCACACAUUAUCCUAACUAGUUUGUUUAACCAUGACUUAUUGAAUAAAGAUUGAUUGGAUGCA